GGGGCUGGGGCCGACCGGGAGCCCGGUGCCGAGAAUGGGGGCCGCCCGACCGCCCCGCUCGUGAGGAGACCGAGGGGCGCGCCACCCCGGCCCGGGGCGGCCGCCCCAGGGCCCCGCCACCCCCGCCCGGCCCGGCGGCCGGAGCCCGGGAUGCGGAGCCGGGGGCCGCCGGUGGAGCUGCGCGGGGUGAGAGGCGCGGGGAACGGGGACUGCCUGCUGCCCUCGCCCUCGUCCCCCGCCGGCGGGCCCCGGCAGGAGUCGGGGAGCCUCGCGGCCAGAGCCUCCUAGCGCCCCGACAUCGGGAGGGGACAGGUGAACCUGCCGCCCGCUCCCACCCCGCCCCGCCUGGACGACCGAGUCACGGGAGACAUCCCUGCCUUUUUCUUGAAGGGGUUUCUUUCUUGCUCCUGCGGAGGGCCCCCCAGCCAUGGCCCCCAGGAGGGCCCCAGAGCCCGCGGGGACUGCCCUCCACCCUGGCCGCCGGGGCCCGCCCUCUGCAGCCCGCGGGCAGCCCGCGUGAGCCGGCCUCCCGCAGCCCCGGCCCCUCCCCCAUGGAGGAGGAGGAGGAGGGGGCGGCGGCCAAGGAGUGGGGCGCGACCCCCGCGGGGCCCGUGUGGACCGCCGUGUUCGACUACGAGGCGGCGGGCGACGAGGAGCUGACCCUGCGGAGGGGUGACCGCGUCCAGGUGCUCUCCCAGGACUGUGCCGUGUCCGGCGACGAGGGCUGGUGGACCGGGCAGCUACCCAGCGGCCGCGUGGGCGUCUUCCCCAGCAACUACGUGGCCCCCAGCACCCCUGCCGCACCCGUGGGCCUCCAGCUGCCUCAAGAGAUCCCCUUCCACGAGCUGGAGCUGGAGGAGAUCAUCGGUGUGGGGGGCUUCGGCAAGGUCUAUCGGGCCCUGUGGCGCGGCGAGGAGGUGGCGGUCAAGGCCGCCCGCCUGGACCCUGAGCGGGACCCGGCAGUAACGGCGGAGCAGGUGUGCCAGGAGGCCCGGCUCUUUGGAGCCCUUCAGCACCCCAACAUCAUUGCCCUUAGGGGCGCCUGCCUCACCCCGCCGCACCUCUGCCUGGUGAUGGAGUAUGCCCGCGGGGGCGCACUGAGCAGGGUGCUGGCCGGUCGCCGGGUGCCCCCUCACGUGCUGGUCAACUGGGCUGUGCAGGUGGCCCGGGGCAUGAACUACCUACACAAUGAUGCCCCUGUGCCCAUCAUCCACCGGGACCUCAAGUCCAUCAACAUCCUUAUCCUGGAGGCCAUUGAGAACCACAACCUCGCAGACACGGUGCUCAAGAUCACAGACUUUGGCCUCGCGCGAGAGUGGCACAAGACCACCAAGAUGAGCGCCGCAGGGACCUACGCCUGGAUGGCCCCGGAGGUUAUCCGUCUGUCCCUGUUCUCCAAAAGCAGCGAUGUCUGGAGCUUCGGGGUGCUGCUCUGGGAGCUGCUGACCGGGGAGGUCCCCUACCGCGAGAUCGACGCCUUGGCCGUGGCGUAUGGCGUGGCUAUGAACAAGCUGACGCUGCCCAUCCCCUCCACGUGCCCGGAGCCCUUUGCCCGCCUGCUGGAGGAGUGCUGGGACCCAGACCCCCACGGGCGGCCAGAUUUCGGCAGCAUUUUGAAGCAGCUUGAAGUCAUCGAACAGUCAGCCCUGUUCCAAAUGCCGCUGGAGUCUUUCCAUUCGCUGCAGGAAGACUGGAAGCUGGAGAUUCAGCACAUGUUUGAUGACCUUCGGACCAAGGAGAAGGAGCUGCGCAGCCGCGAGGAGGAGCUGCUGCGGGCGGCGCAGGAGCAGCGCUGCCAGGAGGAGCAGCUGCGGCGGCGGGAGCAGGAGCUGGCCGAGCGCGAGAUGGACAUCGUGGAGCGGGAGCUGCACCUGCUCAUGUGCCAGCUGAGCCAGGAGAAGCCCCGGGUCCGCAAGCGCAAGGGCAACUUCAAGCGCAGCCGCCUGCUCAAGCUGCGCGAAGGCGGCAGCCACAUCAGCCUGCCCUCGGGCUUCGAGCAUAAGAUCACAGUCCAGGCCUCUCCAACUCUGGACAAGCGGAAAGGAUCCGAUGGGGCCAGCCCCCCUGCAAGCCCCAGCAUCAUCCCCCGGCUGAGGGCCAUCCGCCUGACCCCCGUGGACUGUGGCGGCAGUGGCAGUAGUGGCAGCAGCAGCGGUGGCAGCGGGACGUGGGGCCGCAGUGCACCCCCGAAGAAGGAAGAGCUGGUUGGGGGCAAGAAGAAAGGCCGGACGUGGGGGCCCAGCUCCACCCUGAACAAGGAGCGGGCCAGCGGCGAGGAGAGCAGGCUGAAGACGCUCGGGGAAGGAAGCAAACAGUGGUCAUCCAGCGCCCCCAACCUGGGCAAGUCCCCCAAACACACACCCAUGGCCCCUGGCUUUGCCAGCCUCAACGAGAUGGAGGAGUUCGCGGAGGCGGACGGAGGCAGCAGCAUGCCCCCCUCCCCCUACACGACCCCGUCCUACCUCACGGUGCCACUGCCCACCGAGCCCUCCCCGGGGGCGCGGGCGCCCUGGGAGCCGGCGCCAGCCGCGCCCCCCGCCCGGCCGGGACACGGCGCCCGCCGGCGCUGCGACCUCGCGCUGCUGGGCUGCGCCACGCUGCUGGGCGCCGUGGGCCUGGGCGCCGACGUGGCGGAGGCGCGCGCGGCGGACAGCGAGGAGCAGCGGCGCUGGCUCGACGGCUUCUUCUUCCCCCGCGCCGGCCGCUUCCCGCGGGGCCUGAGCCCGCCCGCGCGCAACCCCGGCCGCCGCGACGACGCGGCCCCCGGCCCGGGCCUGGCGCCCUCGGCCACCGUCGUGUCGCUGUCGUCCGUGUCCGACUGCAACUCCACGCGCUCACUGCUGCGCUCCGACAGCGACGAGGCCGCGCCGGCCGCGCCCUCCCCGCCGCCCUCCCCGCCCCCGCCCGUGUCCCUGCCCUCGCCCAGCGCCAACCCGCUGGUGGACCUGGAGCUGGAGAGCUUCAAGAAGGACCCCCGCCAGUCGCUCACGCCCACGCACGUCACCGCCGCCCGCCCAGUGAGCCGUGGGCACCGGCGGACGCCGUCGGACGGGGCGCUGGGGCAGCGGCGACCGCCCGAGCCCACGGGCCACGGGCCUGGCCCUCGAGACGCCCUGGACUUCCCCCGCCUGCCCGACCCCCAGGCCCUGUUCCCAGCGCGCCGCCGGCCCCCCCACUUCCCGGGCCGCCCCACCACCCUGACCUUCGCCCCCAGACCCCGGCCGGCCGCCAGUCGACCCCGCCUGGACCCCUGGAAGCUGGUCUCGUUCGGCCGGACGCUCAGCAUCUCGCCGCCCAGCGGGCCGGACACGCCCGAGAGCCCCGGGCCCGGCGGCACGCAGCCCACGCUGCUCGACAUGGACAUGGAGGGGCAGAGCCAGGACAGCACCGUGCCCCUGUGUGGGGUCCACGGCCCCCACUGAGGCCUGCCCGCCACCGCCCGCCUGGGCAGCCAUGAAUGUAGCGCCCCAGGCCCCGCCCCAGCCCGCCGUGCCACAAGGCGGGGGAGGCCCUGGGCAGGAUACGCAAUGCUAUUUAUUGGGGAAGGGGGGUGGGGGGACACUUAAUUUAUUCCUUUGUACCCCAGGGGGUGGAGCCCUGUGCCCGCCCUGCACUGGGGGAAGGGUGGGCAGGGAUACUCAGGGACAGGGCAUGUGGGGGAUUUGGCACAAAAUGCAGCAUUAAAGGUAACCCCUGCCCCCUAC